AUGAGUUCCCAGAAAGUAAUAGAUAGCAUGUCCGAAGAAUUUGUAAGCAAAAUUGAGGUGACAUUGAUGACAUUUAUAAACAUACAAAAGAAGACAGAUAAAUUUGAUACAUCAGACUAUCCAGAAAAUAAUGUUUUUGAAAUUCCAAGAAAGAAUAACAAAGUUUUGGGUUUGAUGAAAGACGAGAAUAAGGGUAAUAUCAUGACACACUUUAUUGGUUUAAGAUCAAAAAUGUAUGCUUUAAAAGUAAUGUCAUCAUCAUCAUCAUCAUCAGAACGAAUAGUAGAUGAUGAUAAUAAAGAAUUUGAAAUUGAAAUUAAGAAGGAAAAAGAAGAGGACAGUUCAUCAGAAAUUGAAGACCAUAUUGAAGUAGGUGUUGAGGAGAACGAAGAAGAGCUGGCCGAAGAUACGUUAGUAAAUAAUGAAGUUAGAGAAGAGACGGAAGGGGAACUUAUAAAGGAGGAUGUUAGAAGAAGCAAUAAAACAGAGAAUGGGGACAAAUUCUGUGAUUGUACAGUCAACUUUUACUAUCUAAUAUUGUCUUGUGAGGCAAUGGCUUACCAUAUUCCUACCGAAGGGAAAGAUGGUCCCCAAUCCCAUGAGAAGGAAGAUUGCAUCUUCCUUAUCAUAUUUGCGUUACAUUCUCCUCUAUAUUCUGCUGGUGGGCAUGUUGGAGGUACAACGUAUUCUUGA